AUGGCGCUUCACGGUGGCAAACAAGCGGACUAUGGCGGAGGAGGACGACUCGGAGGAGGGAACUAUGGCAGAGGAGGGUCGGGCUUAGGGAGGAGGAGGAGAAGGGCUCGGUAUUUUCUUACUGGCUCUUUUCUUACAGCGGAGAUUGGUUCUAAUCCGAGUUUCGUCUGGCGUAGUAUUUUUGAAGCUCGAGAUUUGGUAGCGGCAGGGGUGCGUAAGAGUGUUGGUGCGGGUCUCUCGGUUAGCAUUUUGUCAGAUCCUUGCCUUGCUGAGAUGGAUCAUCAUUUUAUUGAGUCCACACACCCGGGGUUAAUUGGAAAAACAGUUUCUAGCCUUAUGAGGAUCGAUGAGCGAGCUUGGGAUGUUGAGAUUCUUGAAGAUUUUUUCGAGACGCGUGAUAGGUUGGCUAUUCUCUCUAUUCCCCUCAGUUCUUCCAUUCAUGAAGAUGCAUGGUAUUGGAGCUUUGAAAAGUCGGGGCUGUACACUGUAAAGAGUGCCUAUCGGUACUUGGAUGAUUUAAAAAAUGGCUUUUCUACCGACAACUCUGCUGGUUUUUGGAAGAAAAUCUGGGCUCUAAACAUUCCGCCGAAGGUGAGAAAUUUUAUUUGGAGAGCUGCUUCUAAUGUGUUGCCUACGUGUGCUCAGUUGGUUACAAGACAUGUCCCGAUUAGUGGCAUCUGUCAGUUGUGUAACAGCAGCAAUGAAACAAUUUUUCAUGCUCUUGUUGGUUGCUCUUUUGCUCGCUCUUGUUGGCACCGGUCUUGUGUGGAUAUUGGUAGCUGGUUGGAGAUGGCCUUCUCGGCCUGGUGGUCUAAUUUGUCACACAGGGUCAGUGAGCAUAUGUUGGAAGAGGCAGCUAUGGUUGCUUGGGGCAUUUGGCGAGCUAGAAACGAUGUAGUUUGGAACCAGAAAUCUUCAAACGCUGCUGGUGUUGUUCUCUCGGCUAGGCGUACUCUUGAUCAAUAUCAAAUUGCUCAAUCUUCGAAAAAUGAUUGUUUAUUAUUUUUUCGUGGUGAUGAAACAGUUGUUGAGCAUUGGAAACCUCCUAAUUUUAACCAGAUCAAGGGUGAUGUUGUUCUUGAGACAGAUAGUUUAGUUUGUGUUCAAGCUAUUUUAAGUUCUCUUUCUACGCCUUCUCAAUUUGGACUUAUUGUUUCUGAUUGUAAGUUUUUGCUUACUCGUUUGUCUUUUGUUUCUGUGUGUUUUGUUAAACGAUCUUCAAACAGAGCCGCUCAUUAUAUGGUGCGAGCUUCUUGUUUCUCCACAGGUCGUACUAUCCAGGAGGGUUUUCUAUCUCCUGAGUUAGUUGCCAUUGCUUUGGCUGAUUUCUCAGUUUAA